UCUCUCUCUCUCUCUCUUAUCCUCCUCGGAAUUUGGACUCAUCCUCAUUGUAAUUUAAACUUUUGUUUUUGGUUUCACCUCCAACGGAAUUCAUUUUUGGGAUAAAAAUGGAUUCAAGAAGCCAAACAAGGAGCGUGUCUGGAAUGAUCGAUGAAGAAGAAAUGAUAUGUGAGUACGCCAACAUGAUCACCUCCAAGGGUUUGUUCAUGGGAGAUGAUCCUCUUCGUUACUCCUCCCCUGUUCUCAUGGCACAGAUUGUUCUCAUUCUCUUUUCCACCAGAUGUGUCUAUGCCCUGUUGAGACCUCUUGGCCAAAGCCCAAUCAUUACAAAUGUCAUAGCUGGUAUAAUCCUGGGUCAGUCAGUUCUAGCAAGGAACAGCUCCUACUCGAGCAAGUUGUUCCCUCCAGGAGGCACACUUGCGCUUGAAACAUUUGGACAUUUUGGGAACAUGAUCCACUUGUUUGUGCUGGGAGUUCGGCUUGAUGCGAGCCUUUUGAAGAGGAUUGGAAGAAAACCGAUGAUCAUAGCUCUCUCUGGCAAUGCACUCCCUGUAGCACUUGGUUUUCUGACCUUCCUGAUCACGACGCCCACAACCAACAUGAGCAGGCAACUGAUUUUUGGACUUCAUUUUACACUGAUGAGGAACUCUGUCACCCACUUCAUCUGCACCACCGGCGUCCUCGCCGAUCUUGACAUUCUCAACUCGGAGAUCGGCCGCCUGGCCUCUUUCACUUCCCUCAUCAGCGACGCAAGUAGUUGGUUCGUGGUUGAAUUAUUGCCCAAAUUCAUGUUUUCACUUUCUUUGUCCACAGUCGCACCACUUAUGCCCAUUCUGGUUUUGCUGGCGUACUACGGCUUCAUUUUCUGCAUUCUUAGACCUCUGGCGGUAUGGAUGGUGAGGUGCACUCCUGAAGGAAAACCCAUGAAGGGGCAACACUUUUUUGCAAUUCUUAUAAUGGUUUUGGUAGUGGGGUUCUCUGGGGACUACAUUGGGCAGCAUUGUGGAUUUACAGCUUUUGUCUUUGGCAUGUCUUUACCCUCUGGGCCGCCAUUGAGCUCGACUUUGGUGGAGAAGCUUAGCACCGUUGCUUCCGGGCUGCUGCUUCCCAUUUUUUGUGCCAGCAGUGGGAUGAGGACUGAUGUUUCGGCACUGGAAACAGGGACAUGGGUGUUAACAGAGAUGCCCAUUUUUAUGGGAUAUUUGGGAAAGUUUGCAGGCACCAUUUUGUCAAUGCUUUAUCUUGAUUUUCCGCUUUGGGAUGCUUUGUCUCUGGCUUUGAUCAUGUGCUGCAAAGGAAUUGUGGAGAUUGCUAUGUAUAUGGCCUUGUUGGAUUGCAAGCUUGUAACGAACCAAACGUUUGCCCUUCUAGUGAUCAGCAUGGUGACUAUAACUGGGAUUUGCACACUCGUAGUGAGUUACCUUUAUGAUCCUUCACACAAAUACAUAACACAAAAGGGAGGGACCAGUCUACCCUACCGGAAAAUGAUGGAUCUCCGCUUACUGGUUUGCAUCCACAGUGAGGAAAACGUACCCCCGAUCAUCAACUUCCUUGAGGCCUCCAAUCCCACAAGAACCAGCCCCAUAUCCAUAUUGGUCCUCCAGCUAAAAGACCUGGAAGGCAGGGCAACCGCCACUCUUACACCUGUUGGGCAUAAAAACAAGUGUUCAUCCCAGCUCACGCGCUCUGAGCGCAUCGCCAAGGCCUUCAAUAACUUGGAACAGACCAGCCGUGGCUGCAUCAUGUUGCAGCACUUUGUUGGUGUUGCGCCAUAUGCGAGCAUGCACGACGACAUAUGCACCCUCGCAGUCGACAAGAGAACAAGCAUUGUGAUCAUCCCAUACCACAAGCACUGGGGCAUUGAUGGGACUGUGGAGACCGUCUUCCCCUCCAUUAAGAUUGUCAAUGAAAAUGUCAUCAACAAGGCUCCUUGUUCUGUGGGAAUCCUCAUCGACCGAAGCCAGAAAGGUGGGAAUCAGCCUGUUUUUGCUGCAGGCUCAUCAUUGUACCGCAUUGUCAUGAUCUUCCUUGGCGGUGCUGAUGAUCGGGAGGCACUCGAAUAUAGCCAACGCAUGGCUGGACAUCCUAACGUGUACCUCACUGUGGUUUGGGUUAAAUCUCAAGUUUUAAACAAUGAGAAGGAGAUGUACCUUGACAGUGAAAUGAUGCAUAACUUGAGGGCUGAUACGAUAAGCAAGGAGAGGAUUGUUUACGAGGAAGAGAUUGUGACAGAUGGGGUUGGAACGACACGGGUAGUUCGAUCAAUGGAGACGACUUGCGAUCUAUUCAUAGUGGGAAGACGACACGAUCCACUGUGUCAUGCUACACAAGGCCUAACAGAGUGGAAUGAGUGCCCAGAGCUGGGGACAGUAGGAGACAUGUUAACCUCAUCAGAGUUUCAGUUUUCAGUACUGGUAAUUCAACAUUGACUGUAUCUAGAAGAUGGGCUGUAAGAUCUUUGUUCUGACUGUAGGCAUAUACUCAUUUAGUGGUGUUUUGAUGUACAGGCUUUGUUUUUUUUUUGGCAGCUGGGCAGCUUAUUUUUGUACUGCUUGAAUAUUUAGUUCAGUAAUGAAACCAAACUCCAUUUUUUUCUGGGUGAAAUUGGAAAAGAGAAGGAGCAAAAAAGAGAGCCACAUUGUCAUACGUCACAAGUUAAGCUUGUUUAGGACAUUAUGUUUGCCUGUAACCGUUUGUCUUGUGUGUUUGGAAUGAGUUUCCAUCAUGUAAAUACUAGUGUAGGAUUAUUUUCCGUUAGUAGUGUCUUUGUAUGCCAAAUAAGGCAAUAUAACUCCUCGGUCACUUUGAUGUUUCCUA